AUGGCAGAUGCAAGUAGUGCACGUCGAAGAAGAGAUGAAUGGAAGGGAUAUGUACAUGUAUGUACAUCUGUCGGCGUUUGUGUGAACAAGGACCACUGGGUAAGGACGGUCGUGGCGAAGAUCACUGUGGCCCGCGCGAACAAGAUAGACGACGAGGAAAAGAAACAGACAGAGGGUGAAUGGAGGGUUAGUAUGAUCAGGACGAGAGAAAUCGAGCUCGGAAGUCGCUUGAGUCAAGACAAAUGUGGAGAGAUUCCGGAGCUCGAUAUAAAGAAAGAUUGGAGCUCUGAUGUGAUGCGAUAG